AUGUACAUUCUUGAACUGCUCGUGCUGAGCGCCGUCGCGCACUCCUUCAGCGUGCACGUGCCCUCGUUGCCCGAUGCCAAAGACUUGUACCCUGUCGAUUCGGUCGAGAAGCCGCCACAGGACUUUUUCGCCAGAAUCAGGUCGCACACCAAGCAGACCGUGCUUGCGUCGAGCCAGACCGCCCAGACCACGCUGGCCUGGCAGCAGGGCAUGUCCUUUAUCGACUCAGACUCCUCCAACGAGGCAUAUACCGUCAACGUCACUGUCGGCGACGACACGCUGCCGCUGCUUAUUGACACAGGCAGUGCGUAUCUCUGGGUGUACGGAGCCAACUGCACGGAUUCCAGCUGCGACGACAAGAAACUGUACCAGAUGAGCUCGGGCCGCGAGUCCGGGUCCCUGUUCACGCUGUCAUACAGCUCAGGGUCGGCCUCGGGCAGCGUGGUGUCUGACUCGUUGCAGCUGGCCGGAGUUGCUGCAGACGACUUCUCGUUCGGCGUGGCGUCCCACGUGCCCGACCUGUUCGAAGGCUACUCGUUCGCGGGCGUUCUGGGCCUGCCUGCUACCAACGCGACGGACGGCAUGACGAAUCUCGUCACGUUUCUCCAGAACCAGGGGUCUCUGGCUAAAGGCGUGUUUGCGCUGUGUCUGGGCGCGUACAGCACCGCGAACGGCGACUCGAACGCCGGGCUGCUGGUCCUCGGUAAGGACAUUGCCGAGCUGUACGACGAGACCAUCAGCUACGCCCCAGUGGUGGAAAACAGCAAUAAUUACUGGCAGAUUGUUGUCGACUCGAUAUCUGUCGACGGCUACGGGGUGUCUUUCGACAAGGCCGCCGUCGACGGAGACGAGUCGUCAACAAAACGGCUCGCGGUCGUCGAUAGCGGCACCACGUCGAUCGUCACGGCCUCCGCAGACGCCACCAAACUGCACUCCUUCUUCAACGACUCCGUCACCGACGGUAGCAACUUCGCUGUGCCAUGCAACACCUCCUACGAGCUCGCGUUCGAGAUCGGCGGCCAGAAGUGGACCCUUGGCCCAGAAGACUAUCUGGGAUCGGCAUACCCUUCCGGCUCCCAGUACAGUGGUUACUGCGUGAGCAACAUUGUUGGCUCGCCGUCGCUGGACAACGGCACGUGGAUCCUGGGCUCGCUGUUCCUGAAAAACUACUACGUCACGUUCGACCUCGACGGUGCGAAAGUCGGGCUCGCCAAUAGGACGGCCGUCCAAAUUGACGCCUCCGCGUCCCAGAGCCCUCUCUCCAGCCUGCCACACUCCCAGACCACCGCUGGAGCCAGCUCCGCCUACUACAACUCGUCGACUACUCCCUCCUCGCACCGGACCCGCACACCCUCGACUCUGAGCAUUGCAAGUAGCUCUGUCUCAGGCCGCGCAUCGGCCAAUUCGAGCUCCAGCUCGUCUGUCGUCUCCGGCCGGGCCGGCAAACGCCAGCUGUCGCCGCCGCUACUGCUGCUGUCGCUUCUGUGUCUGCUAUGA